AUGUUCAUAUCUAUCUAUCUAUCUAUCUAUCUAUCUAUCUAUCUAUCUAUCUAUCUAUCUAUCUAUCACGAACUGUUUAAUAUCUAUCUAUCUAUCUAUCUAUCUAUCUAUCUAUCUAUCACGAACUGUUUAAUAUCUAUCUAUCUAUCUAUCUAUCUAUCUAUCUGCAACCAGCCACGUACCAUUUCACUGCAGUUAGCAAAAACGGUCAGUGUUAGCAAUUAUCUCACUCAGCAAAAUGAACAGAAUCUAAAAUUAGGCGCCGAACAUGCCGAGCAGAAUAGAGAAGCAGAUGCAGCAGCUUUCUCUCGCUAUCUAUCUAUCUAUCUAUCUAUCUAUCUAUCUAUCUAUCUGUUCAAUCUUAAAACUUGUUCACAAUCUUUCUUUCUAUCUAUCUAUCUAUCUAUCUAUCUAUCUAUCUAUCUAUCUAUCUAUCGUUGUACAUAUAUGAUUGCAUAUGUAUGUGUAUAUUUACCACUAAUACUAUCAAUAUCUAUCUAUCUAUCUAUCUAUCUAUCUAUCUAUCUAUCUAUCUAUAUAUUAAAGAUCACAGAUAUUUUUGUCGAUUAA